AUGGCAGCCUCUCCCGCUGCUUUGGCCCCGGCCACCCCCGAGAAGAAGCUUGAGGGCCUUGGCCUCUACUCUCGGUUUGCUUUUGCCGGCGCUGUCUGCUGUUCAGUCACCCAUGGUGCCUUCACUCCAGUUGAUGUUGUCAAGACGAGGAUCCAGCUCGACCCGGCCACCUACAACCGUGGUAUGAUUGGUGGAUUCCGUCAAGUUAUCCGAAAUGAGGGCGCCGGUGCUCUCUUGACCGGCAUUGGCCCAACCUUUGCUGGUUACUUCAUGCAAGGAGCCUUCAAGUUUGGAGGUUAUGAGUUUUUUAAGCAGCAAUCCAUCAACAUUCUUGGUCUUGAAAGAGCCCGUCAGAACCGUACUGCUGUUUACUCUGUCUCGGCCGCCUCUGCCGAGUUCUUCGCCUCUAUCGCCCUCUGCCCUCUUGAGGCGACACGUAUCCGUCUUGUCUCUGAGCCUGGCUUCGCCAAUGGUCUGAUUGGUGGUUUCGGCAAGAUUCUCAAGAACGAGGGCAUUGGCGCUUUCUACCGUGGUUUCGGUCCUAUCCUCUUGAAGCAGGUGCCCUACACAGUGACCAAGUUUGUCGUUUACGAAAAGGUUGCCGAGGCCGUUUUUGCUCGCCUUGACAAGUCCAAGCUGUCGAAUAGCGCGCAGACCGGUGUUAAUUUGGGAUCUGGUCUCAUUGCUGGUUUCGCUGCUGCCAUCGUCUCUCAGCCCGCUGAUACUAUGCUCUCCAAGAUCAACAAGACCAAGGGUCUGCCCGGUGAGAGCACCGUUUCCCGUCUCAUCAAGAUUGCGGGUGAGCUUGGUCUUCGUGGUUCCUUUGCUGGUCUUCCUACACGUCUGUUCAUGAUCGGUGGUCUUACUGCUGGGCAAUUUGCCAUCUACGGUGACAUCAAGAAGGCUCUUGGUGCGACCAAUGGUGUUGAGAUCGCCAAGUAA